CCCACUUGAGACCAACUCGCCUCUCGCUCACCGUAGCUAGGGAAGGCCGCCGCCGGAGCCGAGCGAUACAAUUGAUUGGUUCAGGGAGUGCUCAGGCCAUGCGCACUAAGUGGGCCUGGAAUUGGAUUGGGGCUUGAGGUGGGGAGGACCCUCCCGGGUUCUUAAAGGGGCCAGCGCUAGGGAAGGAAGCUGCUGCAGCUACAAGAUGAGUGAAUCCCUAGUGGUUUGUGAUGUUGCUGAAGACCUUAUAGAGAAGCUGAGAAAAUUUCGUUUUCGUAAAGACACGAACAAUGCAGCCAUUAUCAUGAAGAUUGACAAAGAGAAACAGCUGGUGGUUCUGGAUGAAGAACACGAGGGCAUAUCUCCAGAUGAACUAAAAGAUGAACUUCCAGAAAGACAACCUCGAUUCAUUGUCUAUAGUUACAAGUACCAGCAUGAUGAUGGGCGAGUCUCUUACCCACUCUGCUUUAUCUUCUCAAGUCCGGUUGGGUGUAAGCCCGAGCAACAGAUGAUGUAUGCUGGCAGCAAAAAUAAGUUAGUACAAACAGCAGAACUCACAAAGGUAUUUGAAAUCAGGAAUACGGAGGAUCUGACCGAGGAAUGGCUUCAGGAGAAGCUUGGCUACUUCCACUAAAAGAAGGAUUAAGCAUUCCAUCCAGUUCAAACUGGAACCAGACAUGACUCCUGCUUUCUAAACCUAACAAGAAUGCACUGUACUUACAGUUGUUUUCCUGCAAUGUUUGUAUGUAUGUACAUAUAUAUGUAUAUAUUUGUCUGUGCAAAAUUUAUAUACAUGAGGGGAAGAAGUAUCUCCUGCUUAACCAAACUUUGCCCAGGAUUAUUCCUUUCCUUCUAAUUGUUUAAAAGGGAACAAUUUACUUCCUGCAGGGAUAUUUUUUUUCCUUUUUGCACUUACAUAACUAAUAUUUCUAUCUGGACUAAUCAGAACUGGUAAUUGUUUACAACUCCGGGGCAGAAUCUCCAAAGGGACACAUUGUGCACUAGCUCUUGUUUGUAUCAAUGGACUGUGUACUCAGUCAAGUAGUCUGGAAAUUUACAGCAGAUUUCCCCCCCUCUUGAGCUACAAGUGCAUCUUCUCUUAAUAGAAACUGGACAUUAAUAACUAAUAACUGGACCUAAUACUAUGUGAAAAUAACAUUGAAUCCAGUGGCAUGAAAACAUUGGAAUUGGGCCCAACUUAUUUUAGGAUAGAUACUUUAGUACGGUUCCUAACAUCUCCAGAUGGGCCUUUUCUUUUUUUCUUAAAAGACCCCCAAUUAUUUUGAACCUUAUAUUUCCACUUUGGGUCAAAGGUUUAACACUAUUUUUGUGUAUGUAAAGGAUAACAUUUUUACUAAUCAAAUAGAAAGUAGAUUUAAAGCAACCUCUAAGGGCUUGGUCACACACCGUAGUGGACUUUCCAUUCCAAAAGUCUUUAUAUGUAGAUCUAUUAAUAUGAAAGUCUUGACUUUUCUGGACUUUUUAUGCAAGCACUUCUCAAUCUGUGUGCCUUUAAAAAAAAUCUAUCAAAUGAUUGUAAGAAAGUCUUACACUGCCAUUUUUUUAAAAAAAAAUAUUAAAUUUGAUACAGGUUAACUUUGCCUAAAAGUAUCUUCCUAGGAGCAUCUGAUAGCUUAAUCUCUCUUUCCAUUAACUUCAGCUGUAGGUGCAUACACUCUGAUUUAUACUGCUAUGAUUUAAGGCAAAAUGCUCUGCCUGGCUAAAAGAAAAUUAAAAGUCAACACAUAUUCUGAAGUUUAUUAGCGUCCACAUCAUCUCUGCAUUCUGUCUCAGUAGAUGGGGCUGUGUGUGCGUGGAUUCUUACGAGUGCAGCAGAGGAAAGAAGUAAUCUAUAAUGUGCAGAAUUUGGCUUCCUUAACUACCUUGGUUUCCUUUUUGUACUUUAAAAAUAUGUAGCCAAUGCCUUCUCUGAAGCCAGAGGAAUAUCCAUUGCAAUGCAUGGGGGAGAGCAGCGUCUUGGUGUCAUGCUUAACAUCUUGCACUUCUCCUUGACUGGACCUUGAUAAUAACCUAUACAGAUCAAAGAAUCCCAUCCUCUUUGAUCAGCAACUUGAAUUACCUAACUGCAAAACUUGAUUCUCCCUUCAAUGGAUGAUGUGGCCAGUAAAUUGGCAAUAUAGUCUUUAGAGACAGACAGGUGAGGCGUUUCCUGUCUAUUGUUGUUAUGGUUUACCUAUGGUAGGAAUGAGAUUCCUAAGACUAGGGGUAGCCAAAUGUAAACUGACAAAGGAGCAGAAAUAUAUGUUGUUCCCCAAACUGAUAAUUAGAUGAUUAAACUCUACAUCGGCAUGAUGCAUAUACGUGGAUUAUAACUGCAACAUUCCAAAAUCUCAACAUAUCCUAGGUCAGGGGUGUCAAACUGGCGGCCCGUGGGCUGGAUGCGUCACGUGUAAGCCACACCCACCCCAGCUCCGUGAAAGGGAAAAAACAUCACGAUUCAUCACGUGAUGGCAACAUCAUGCUGCGAGUUUGACAGCCGUGUCUUAGGUCAUCUAGUUGGGCAAAAUGUCAGAUUCUGUAUACCAAAUCUGAUACCAGUUGGCAUUAAUGGGAUUAUAACUCUGGUAAUAUGAUUUCUUGAUAUGAUUCUUGGAAGCAUCCACCCCCCCUCCAAAUACUUUCAAGCUUCCAAGAAUUUCUCAUUGCCAGGACAAAGGAAGAAAUAGUAGCUUUUACAUUUUAGUAGACCAAUUCUUGUUCACUUUAGAUAAGCCAUGCACUGAUUGGCUUGUGCGUUUUUGGCAUCUGAGUGUGUUGCCUAAUUCUGCAAAAUGCUUACUUACAUAGAAUUGGGCUGGUCAUUUUAAAGAGGACAGUUAUUACUGAUAGGCAAAACUGCUAUGCUUAAAAUAACAUGUUGAGGCAGACCAUUAUUAAAUGACAGAAAAAUAUUAGCUGUCUUUUUUUUUCUUUAAUGACUGUCUUCUGUCUUUGUUAGUAGGAAAAUAUAAUCCAUUUUGGGCAUUUGUUUUUCUUUUAUAUAAUUCUAAACAUAGACACUUCCCAUUCUUUUCUUAAGGAGAGGGAGAACUCUUCUGUGGAGUGGGAGUGAGAGAACCAUCAAUAUAAAUAUACUUUUAAAAAUUACACAAAUAGCUUAGGAUUUUUCUAGAGAUUCACUCUGCAAAUAAGCCUCCAAAAAUGUACACUUUAAUAGUAUUUCUAUUACUUGAUAGGAUUUAUUAAAGAGCUGUUCUGAAGCCACUCUGGGCUCCUUGGGGGAAGAAUAUUUGCAUUCACUAUAUAAACAGUUUUUUUAAAAAAAUAUUUUUUGAUUCAACAUUUUUCACCUUUAAAAUCAGUUUAAAUAUAAAUAGUUAUUUCUAUGCAAGACUUGGAACUGAGGUUCUAGUUUCUUGGGAGUUUGUGAAAGUGACUAUAAAUACCUAAAGUAAAACUUGUACUCUCUGAGAAAGUAAAAACCCAUAUUUUUAUGUCAUGAAUGCUACAUUGGAAGAAUAAAUUUAAUGCAGAAUAACCCUUCCAAUGAAUCAUGUCUGGGGGAGCCCUCUGUAAACGAUUUUGCAAUGGAUCAUUUAGGCUCUGGUCUAAUAGUUCCAUCUUGAAUGGCAUUACAAUGAACUGCAGCUGUGUUAUCCCUAAACUAUUUAAUAGAGUACAAAUAGUACAGAGGCUGUUUUACAUGGAUAUUUGGGGGGGGGAGAGGUCAGAUUUGUUUUUUGGUUGAAGGAGGAUAUACAUAGAAAUCCUUUAUGUACCAAAUAUGUCUGAAGAUUCUUUUGUGCUUAUCUGCCUUCUUUACCACUCUUUCAUUAAGGUUUUUUUUAAAACCAAUGUUUUUUCUAGGAAUAUUUUUUCUUAAACGACUGACUGCAGUCCCUCAUCUAAGAUUAUAAUCCUUGGAUGCUUUUAAUUUGAAUGUUUUUUUCUCCCUUUUAUUUAAAGUAGACUCUCAAGAACUGUACUCAGCAUUUUGUAAAUCAUACUCCAGAGUUAGUGAAGUUUGGUUCAGUUUUGGAUGUGUCAAGAGUUUUAAGAAGUAAAUUGUAAAUCACCCAUUUUGCCAGUUCAAUACUCCAGAAAGCAGAAAAGGGGGAAGAUUAUUCAGUCUUGGAAGUGCUGCUAAAAGGAUUGUUGGUGUGCCCACCGUUACAUGGUGUUCCUGCACCAUAUUUGUGCCCCUCUGGUGUAGGAUAAAAUGGAGGCUGAAGAGUCUGGAAGAUGAAUGAUCUGUCAGAAGCAUUUAAAAAUUAGAAAUACUGUUCAAUUGUCUGAAAAGUUUGGCAAGAAAAACAUAGGUAGCUGAGCACUCCUUGGAAUUUUGUUUGGUCAAAGUCAGUGAAGGAAAUUGUAGGCUUGAUUUUAGGUUUAAAGAGAUUGAGACUAAGCUCCACGAUUUGGAAGCUGUUGUCUUUUCUAAGCAAUUGCUUGUCCCUACCCUGCCACAAUAUUUCAUUUUGUGAUGUCUUUGGGAUGUGAUGUGAACUACAGUUAUUCCUGAACGGAAUUCUGUUUGGCAGACUGGAAACACUGACAUCUUCAGCUAAUAGGAGAGGUUUAUUUUCCUGCUCCUUCCCUUCCUCUCUGUUUGGAUCUUGAAGGAGCAACAUGUGAAGAAAUUCCAUUAAAAUAGGUAGCUGUAACAACUUUUUGAAUACUAACUUGCUUUUAAAUCAAAUCUUCAUGUGGAUGUUUUAAUAAGCUGUUAAAAAGGAAUUAUACAGUGGGAUGAUAAAUUUCUAACAAUGGUUCCAUUUCUGAUCUUAGUACUUCUCAUUAAUCUUUUAUAGAUUAGAAUUGUCAGUAUUUCAAAAUGAGGCCAAAUACUUGGUUUUGAAUUUCUUUUUUCCCCCCCUCAAGCCUUUUCACUUAUUACAUUUAUACAUAAUACAUGUUUGUUGUAGCAUAUAAACAACAGGAAGAUCCGAGCAAAAGGGAAGAAUCACAGAAUACAUGUGCUUUUAAUAUUCAAGUUGCAAUUGUAUGAAAUCAAUUGUAUGAACGUAUUCCCCUUUUCCUGUAAAAGCUUGUUUGAAUUUAAAAAAAAACAUACCUUUAUGCUUUAUUGAUAGUGCCAUAUUCACUGGAUAAAAUGUGAAACUGGCAUUUGUGAAUCUUUCUGUUAAUCAACAUUAGUCAGCUUUCGUGAAAGCAUGUGGGGUUUAAUUCAUUCUUCUUUGUAGUGACCCUUUCCAGAUGUGUUGAGUGGCGCCAGAUGAGGGAAAGUUGAUCUAAGCCAGGGGUCUGCAAACUUGGCUCUUUUAAGACUUUAAGACUCUGGGAGUUGAAGUCCACAAGUCUUAAAAGAGCCAAGUUUGCAGACCCCUGAUCUAAGUGAAUAGACACGGCAUUUUAUGUACACAGAAGAAAUAUGAAAUAUGAGAAUCAGUUUACUAAUAAAACUGGGUAGAUUGCUAAAGUCCUGAUAGUUGUGCACUAUUUUAUAUGUUGAAAUCAGAUCAGUACUAUAUGAAACAUCUUUUAGGGAAGUUAAUAUAGUACCUAAUUUGGGGUCAUUAAUUUGAUGGGCACAUUGUAAAUGUACAAAAUUGCACAUAAAGCUAUUGAGAAAGGAUCAUUGAGGAUAAAGGUGAACCAAGCCAAUUAUAGCUCUCUUACCAUGUCCUCUAGUUGUACCUGAAAAGUAUGAGCUGUAGCAUCCAUAGUUCAGACUCCCUUGACCCAACUUUCCUUUGGGGCCUUCCGCAUAGAAUUCUACAAUUCCAAGUAUCUUAGCUAGUAAACUUGUUGGAAAUUCAAGGACAUAUAAUCUGGAUUCAUCUGGAGGAUGCCAGCUGGGGUAGGCCAUUAGUUCUGGUUCAAUAUAUUGCUAACUCUGCCCACAAUCUAGAGUUCAAUCCUGACAGGCUCAAGGUUGACUCAGCCUUCCAUCUUUCUGAGGUCAGUAAACUGAGGAAUCAGAUUGUUGGGGUCAGUAUGCUGACGUUGUACACCAUUUAGAAAGUGCUGUAAAGCAUUAUGGGCAGUAUGUAACUCUAUUGCUCUUGUUAGCAUCUGGUUGAAUAACCUACCCCAGUUAGCACUGAUAUAUCCAGACUUUAUGUCCUUGAAUUUCCAACAGGUAUAGCUCAUUUUUCUAAACUAGCUUGGAAUUCUAUCCCCAACAAAUCUUGAGGGUGCCACGUUGGAGAAGAUCGAUGUGCAUUGAUCGCUGGAAUACCAGCCUUUUCUAGCCAAUCUGAAAAAGGCUGCAGGACCACUCUUUCUUGCUUCACUCAGCUCCCUCCAAAUCUGCAAAUUGUUAGUGAGGAUAUUGGUCUCUUUACAAUAAUAUAUUACCAAGUACUGACUUAAUAUAAUUAAACAUUGCUAAUGCUGAAAAGUUAUUCUGUAUAAGAGCAACAGUAUAUAGAAAGGAAAAUGCACCCAGAUCUUGAGUGACAACUGCAAUAUGUACUUUUAUUGUUCACUGAGCAGAUUGACUGACUGGAGAAGUCCUGACAUUUCUGUGAAACUAUCCAGCUUGACAGGUGUUGCAGUGAUUGGGGUAUUUUUUAAUGUUCUGCUUAGUUGAUUUUGCAUGUUUUUUAAAAUCAUCAUUUUUUGUUCAGACAAGCAUGGAGCUUGUAUUGGUAUUGAUGAUCAUACAAUGUUAAUAAAACCUGUCAAACUCCC